CUCAUCUCCGGCGCUGCGGCCACGCCCAUCUGCCAGUUCGUCGACUCCGCACCCACCUUCCUCCACUCCGUCGACCCCCGCAUCAAGCUGUGCAGUGGCGUCAGCCGUGUUUUCAAUGAGGACGAAGACUUCAUGGCGCAAAUGUGGAAACCAAUUAAUAUUCAAUUGAUGCAGCAUAAAUUCUAUGGUAUUGCAAGCAAAAAUGAUCGUGUACUCAUCUAAAAGCUCAAAGGGAACGUUGUUUCCUCUACGAUCAAUGCUUGUCUUCUUCAUUGCACUAUUUGGUUUCUAUGUCUGCUACUUCUCCUUCACUCAAAUAGCCUUAGAAAAUGAAGAAGAAGAAGAAAUGAACGGAGCAGAAGAACGAACAAACGUUCUAUGCAAAAGACCUUCAGAAAUUCCAUAUGAGCAGAUGCAGUAUGUGCACUUUCCAAGACCUAUGAGCUAUGACAGGGGAGAGUGCGCAUGCACUCCGGUCCGUUUCUUCAUCAUUGUAUCUAUGCAAAGAUCAGGCAGCGGGUGGUUUGAGACUUUGCUCAACAGCCACCCCAAUGUCAGCUCAAAUGGUGAAAUCUUCUCGGUGAGGGAGCGCAGAGAGGAUAUCGCGUCGAUCUUGUGGACUCUUGAUAAACUGUAUGAUUUGGAUUGGCGCACCAGCGCAGCAAAAAAUGAAUGCACGGCUGCAUUUGGAUUGAAGUGGAUGCUAAAUCAGGGCCUUAUGGAUUAUCCUGAUGAGAUUGUGGAUUAUUUGAAAAAGAAGGGUGUGAUGGUGAUAUUUCUCUUCAGGAGAAAUACAUUAAGGAGGCUUGUCUCUGUGUUGGCUAAUGACCAUGACAAAAAAACGAAGCAGUUGAACGGCACCCACAAAGCGCAUGUUCACUCACAAGAGGAGGCUGAGAUCCUAGCGAGGUUCAAACCGGAUGUGGACGUGUCAUCUCUGAUCCCAAGCAUGAGAAGCGCGGAGCAGUCCAUGGACGCCUGCCUGCGCCGCUUCCGCGCCACGCGCCACAUGGUCCUCUACUACGAGGACGUAAUCCGCAAUGACAAUGUGCUUUCUCGGGUGCAGGAGUUCCUGGGACUCCCGGUGAGGAGGUUGUCCAGCAGGCACGUCAAGAUCCACACCAGCCCACUCCCGGACCUGGUGGACAACUGGGAGGACGUGAAGCACACGCUCAAGCCCACAGAGUUUGCUCGUUUCCUUGACGGCUGAAGACUAGACCAUGUCGAUUCAUCUGUUUUUGUUCCGGUAGGCUCUUUCCUUCUGUUUUCUUUUCUUGGGACUACACAAUGGGAUUGGAACUUGUUGUUCAGCCGUUUUCCUCCUCGAAUGUACUAGUAGCAUUCUGUGCAAAGGAGGAAGAAAAUAUGAUUGAGACUGAAUAAGUUCGCUUUUCGGAGUGCCCAGAUAAUAAAUAAAGUAUUCAAAAGACUAAA